AGUCAAUGAGAGCAUCAUGGGACGCCAGUGCACCAAAGAAGCGACGUAGGAUCGGUGCGCAUCACUUUACGCACACUUCCCAAGCAAUCCCUCAUGUGUUCAGACUUACAGAACGGCACUGUCUGAAGCCUUGGACUUUUCAAAAGUAUUUUUUGUUGCUGUUUUGAACGGAGCAUUAACCAUGAAUUCUACAUUUAACCAAACGGACAGUGGCAUCUUCUCCAACCGGACUGAGGAGAACCUCCUGUGCUGUAACUUCUCGUCGGUGGUGACGGAUAACGGCUUCGCGGCGGCAGCUCCGGAUGAGAGGAGCCUGUUCAUCAUGAGGAUAGUUCAGAUAGCGGUGAUGUGCGUGCUUUCCCUCACCGUAGUCUUCGGGAUCUUUUUCCUGGGCUGCAAUCUCCUCAUCAAGUCGGAAGGGAUGAUCAACUUUUUGGUAACGGAUCGGAGACCCUCCAAGGAGGUGGAGGCGGUCAUCGUGGGUGCCUAUUAGAGACACGAUGAGGAUUAUGCACUGCCGUGAUAUGAAGUUUGUGGACCACCUGAUGGACAUGUUUCGAUGGCCUCUUUACAUGCAGGACACAGUGUUAUUUGAACAAUGAACUAAAAACUAUAGUAUGGGGAUGAACUGAACGCGCUUUCUCCGUUUUGCGCACUUACGAACCAUCAAGAUCAGGCAUGUUUUACAUUCGUCACGUCAAAAAAUGUACAUAAUUUUAAAUGUACAGAAUUGUGGCACAUGCUGUUUAUUAUUUAUAAAUUUUUUAAUGUAAUAGCUGGAUCUUCUCAAUGUAAAGCACAACAUUAACACUGCACGGAGUAAUUAUUUGUAGUUUAGCAAAGAUCAAUCAUGUUUAAUGAAAUAAACUCACAUUUUAAUAAAAUUAUUUAUUCUCUCAUGGUCUCUAGUAAA